AUGUCGUUCAACGACCUUAAGAAAUUUCUUCUUCCCCAACUUGAUAUCCAAACACUUGCAAACAGAGAAUUUAAAGCUAAGAAUCUUAAAGACAUUUCGGACGAAUAUGUCAAAGGAUUCUUAAACGAUUUAAACAAAGUUAUAAAGGAGAGUGUAACCACGGAAGACCAAAUUGACACAUUGGUAAAUAAUAUACUGGGUAAUAUUUUUGAAUUUCAUGCCUAUCCUUUAAGAAUUAGAUUGAACAUCACAGGCGAGCCUUAUGUUACAGCGAUACCCGAUUACUUGGUUGACUGGGAAGAUAUUAAUGAGCUUGUUGUCGAGGAUAAACAGCUGAGAAAUGCUGCACUUAUUCCUUCAAAAGGUUAUGGGGAAGCACAAUUAGCAGCAGAGUUGCUCGCAUGUGGGAGUGAAAAUAUGCGUGAACUUGCACUACGUAAAUCUGACGUAAUGUCGGAUCAAAUUAUAUUUGGUGUUCGCGUCAUCUCCACCUACUUUACAUUUUACAAAGCUGUAAUCUCUGCAAAAUAUUUUAAUGAACUUGAUUUACACUUACCACUUAAAGAGUCCGUUGUUAUUCAAAGAUGGCCAGAAAAUGAGCAUCCAAAGGCUGGUUUGAACAUUUUAAAACCAGAUGAAAGACUGGAGGCGUUAGGAGCAUUUGCCGGAAUUAGAAAAUAUAUUGUCAAUAAAUGGAAUUAA